AACUUUGGAAAAUUGUCAAGUCGCAAAUAGUUGUUUAAGGUUAGGUACGAAUUAGAGCUUUUGCAAAGAAUAAUUUUAACCCUGAAGAGUAGUAUGACUAUUUGCAUAAUAUCGAAUGGAGACAUUACACUACAAAAAUAUUAAGGCAAUUUGCUAGAAUUACGGAAUUGUGAACGUCUUGUCUGUGAUAACCUUCAAGUACGGUUUAAAAUUAGUUUGGAGUAGAUGAAGAUAUCCAGAGGUGUUGUGCAGUAUGGAGACCACUGCAAAAACUGAGGACUCUGACAAUCAAGCAACUUGUACUAACGUUAAAAAAGAAGAUGCUUUGCUGUCUCAAAGUGGUCUCCCCAUAUCCGAAGCAAAGAGUUCAACAGAUUCUAGAAAUGUACAGGUUCGCAUUGUACGUGGAACGAAAAAAAUGAGAGUUGACUCUGGAGAUGGAAUCCAGAUAAAUGAAAAGAAAGAAUUAAAGGAAGAUGAUAACGCCGAGGCAAAAAUAGUGAAGUCUCUUAAGCGGUCUUGCGAGUUAUGGUCAAUGGAAGACAAGAAUACCUUCUUCAAAGCAAUAAAUGAAUUUGGAAAAGACUUCGAUGCCAUGCAAAGUUAUUUUUUGAGCCAAGGAAAGAAAAGAGGACUUUCAGAUAAUAUGAUCAAGAACAAAGAACAAAUUCGCCAUUUUUAUUAUCGUACUUGGUUGAAAAUAUCAAAACACUUAAAAUUCUCGGAUGAUGUUAAAAAAGCAUCUCAGGAAUUAUAUGGAUUAAUUAAUUAUGGAGAACUAAGAAGGAAACUUCCUCGUAUACAUGAAAAAGUUCAUUUGAAGUUAAACGAACUAGUUUAUUGGGGAUCUACGCAAGUACGGCUCCGUGGAAAAACUAUGAGGAUUAAGACCCCGAUCUGUCGAGCAUUAAGAAAAUUAAAUCAAUUGGAAGACUGGCAGGAGGAAAUUAAACUCCCACCUAGAGUGAUGAUAGAAUUACGGCCGGGUAAUAAUAUGGCAUGGUGGCAGGUGCAGGCGAAUGCUAUGAAUCCCAGGGUUCGAACUCUUGUUCCAAUUCAGCGCCGGUUAUCGAGUAUAUUGAUAUUUCUACAGCAACGAUGGAGACCUGUCAAGUAUAGAACCUGUACAAACAUAGAUCAAAUUAACGGUGAAUCGAAGGAUACCAGAUUACUUCGAGUCGCACCUCCUGAUGGGUGCAAAAUUGCCCUGCCAGCUGUAAACCUCGGAGAGUACCUCACUAGUAACAGCGUCAGCUUAAAUUCUCAUGAAAAGCGUUUUGGUCUUAAAAGUUCAAGAGUUGAGUUACUAGGCACAGUACAGCAUUUAAAAAGUGUUGGAAAAAAAGGAAUAAAACGCUCAAAAAUAGACAAAAGGAUUCCUAACAAAACGGAUGAUCAAUUAAUAGCGCCCGACAAUAACAGUGACCUAGACAUAGCAGAACCAGGUUUAAGUGUUUCCGAAAAACCAUCAGUUGUAAGUAACAUAGAAAAGUCAACGUCAGAACAAGUAUGCGAGCCUAACAGAUUUCCUGGUAGGGAAACCAUUAACAGGAUUAAAUUAGGAUGGACAGUAAAGGAAGCAAACACCAUCACUGUCGGAGACCUCUUUUUAAUGUUUGGACGUGAUUCAAAAAUCAGUCUAGAAUAUUGGUGGGAUUCCUCUCCUCGAGAAGAUCUAUCAUCAUCGGAGAAGUUAAAAGUAAUUAGUACAACACACGACAAUAGUUUGUGCCUGGCCUUACAGAAAUUGCUGUCCAUUGCUAGACAUAGUUAUGGCACAAGCAAGGGUUACGAUAAUACUUCUGGAAGUAACGAAACAGUCAUUUCUUCGCGAAUACCUUCCACCAAGGAAUCCACGUUCAGACGACCUCUAAUUCCUCAAGCCUAUCAUAGAAUUGGCGGACCUGAUGCUUUCAAAACUCAGUUAGACAAAUUCAAGACUCGUUUCUGCAAGAAGGGGAGAACGGUCAGACAACGAAGUCUUGUUGUGCAACGAGUAUUGCCAUUGGUGUCCGAUGCUGCAGUACCUUUGGAGAAAAGUGCACCAAGUGAAACAGUGGAUAUUUUGAACAGUACUAUCAGAGAAAGCAGCAAAGCUCCGGAGUCAGAAACAAACGGAUCACAAGACAAACAUUUCCUAGAGGUCUUGGCUGUCGGAGAUCAAGCGAAACCUUCCAAUUCAAUCAUUACGAGUGCUACGCAAAUUCUCAAGGAAGGCGAACAUCAAUGGUUGAACAGUGAGGUUGCAGAUUUUUCAUUGAGCAGCUUUUUAGGCCAGCUCGAUUCUCCCAUUAAAGUGUCGCAGCGUAGCCAUAUAGGAGCCCAUUCAGUAGACGACAUCCGCCCAUCGUCUGACGUCAUAUCGCAAAUGCAAGGACUGAUGGGCGAGAACAGUGUAGAUUACAUGGCGAAAUUCGCUAAUCUCGCCUCGCAAAUAGCCUGCGACGAGCACAGAAAGUAGGCAACAUCGCUGUAAUAAUAUGUAAAUAUGUUUAUAGUAACAGAUAAGGUUGACUGCGAACGAUGAGACUAGCUGAAUUUUUUUUUGUUCACUUCCCAUCCUGUACUACAUACAAGAAUCAUCUUUUGUACAUAGUCCACGGUACGAUCCUUUCGGCAAGUAUGACAAUAGACAACUAAUUUAUUGUAAUACAUGUUUAAUACUCUUCCCUCAUUCGCUAAAAUUCCAUGUUCAAUCAAUUUAGAACUACGGAGGGACUUCAAAGUGAGUGCGAGGAGUGAGUACACCAAAUCUUCCCAAUCCUUUGCCGAACAUCCCACCACUUUUAAAGCAGAAACGAAGAUACUAUCAUAAGCAACUCGGAAUUCCUGGUCACCAUCCUGGUCUGGACGAGUUCGUUUCUCAUCGCCUUUCCGGUCGGCUCCGCAAGUCUACCGGGUAACCACCAGAAGAAAAAGAGCAACGCUUUCCUCUCUGGGAUUGGGCGGUACGUAAUCUCGAAUUACCCCCGCCGUGAAUCACGAACCGGUCGAUCGGAGUUCCGCCAUUUUGGUCCCGGGCGGAUUUUCGAAGCCAGAGGACGCGAGUCAAAAAUAAACGCCUCCCCGUCCGGUCAAGAUCGUCCCGCUAAUCGGACUGGAAACAAUGGAAACGAUGGAAACACCUCGUAAAGACUCGGAGAUGCCCCGACGGAAUUUCGUCACCGCGUUUCAGAGUCCCGCGGGGUAUGCCCCUCGCAGAAGCCUGCGUCGCAGACGCGGAAUGCCUAAAUAAAACACCCAGCUUGCGUCAGUGAGUCACGAUUGGUCGAGACCGCCGAGCGGGAAUUUCCCGGCAACCUGCUCGCCGGCGGAUCUCCCUCUCCGAGUCGACAUUCUCGCUGCGACCGGCGAACGUGGCGGACGCUUCGAGAGACAAGCGGCGCGAAUUUCGAUGAUCCACUACGCACCCACGGCCCCGUCGUAACGGAUAAACAAACGUCUACGUAAUUGGUGCACGUAAUACUCGCGUAAUUAGUGGGAACUACGAGAGGGAACUGUACUCGCGUAAUGUGAAUCGGACUCCAGUGUACGGCUGUUAUUAUUUCAUGUUAAGAGGAUUCAUGAUAAGCGCGCGCUGUUACGUAUAACGAGGAGGUUCGGGAACGCGCCGAUCCGCAACCGGAAACAUGA